GCUAGUCUCGUCACUCGAAGUUCUCUUGAGCUGAGCUUGCGUACGGGCACCGCACGCACUCACGUAGAGGGCGCAUGAAUAUUUUCCGAGUGAGAGGCAAGCCCAUCGCGAUCAACUCAAGCGCUAAGCUUGAUGCUCAAAAGCGUUCGACCUUGCCUGUUCAGAGCUCAGCGAUCGACUGUCUAUCAUCAUCAAGUGAGGGCUAUGACCGCCCAUCAUGCCACAGCAUCGUCAUCGGAGUCGGCACCUCAGCAGCCAUGUAAGACGACAUCCAUUGUAUCUCACAACCAGUACCAUUCUGAGCCGCUAGACGCCGAUCAGCUUGAUGGCAACCCGAUGGUUCAAUUCCAAGCUUGGUUCGACGAUGUCAUGUCACCCUCAUCGCCUGUCAAGGAGCCAGAAGCAUUUGCAUUGUCUACCGUGUCCGCUACAGGCAUCCCGUCGUCACGCUUCGUGCUGCUCAAGCAGGUCGACAGCAGAGGCUUCGUCUUCUUUACGAACUAUGAGAGCAGAAAGGGCAAGGAGAUAGCGGCCAAUCCGCACGUUGCGAUGGUGUUCUACUGGCGAGAAGUCCACAAGUCAGUCAGGGUGACAGGAAAGACAGAGCGCCUCAGCACAUCAGAAUCGCAAGCGUACUACGAUACUCGGCCACUCGAUUCGCGUUUGGGCGCUCACGCUUCGCCUCAGUCGUCAGUCAUCGCCGAUCGUAAAGUCCUAGACGACAUAGCGCUUUCGGUGCGGCAGAAGUAUGUCGAGCCUGCAUUGGCAAGAGGCGUAAAGGAAGAGGAUGUCGAGAUACCCGUGCCUUCGUUCUGGGGCGGCAUCCGUAUCGUGCCAGCAGAAGUCGAGAUGUGGAGCGGUAGGCCAGACAGACUUCACGAUCGAUUCCGAUACACUCGUUCUGGCGAUUCGGCUUGGAAGCUAGAGCGGUUAGCGCCAUGACGAAUGAAGACAAUGCAUUCUUAGCGUGAGCUGAUCUCUACAUCGUCUACCUCGAACAAGACGAAAUCGAAUAGCUCUGCCUCCAUCAUGCUCUGAUAUUCUCCCACAAGCCCUUCGUCGCCACCCGACUUCUUCUUCCCGCCAAACUGCCGAUCUUGCUUGGGCGUAAAGGGUGCAAAGUAAGUCUGCAGGUUCUGGACUGCCUUCUUUGCUUGCUUCGG